CCACAAAUAGCUUUUUAGAAGUAUCCAUUUACCCCCUUCCUAAUUAGGCGGCGGUCCAUACUGUCCUCCUGAGCAGUUGGCAUUUAAGCUGGCACAAACCAGUGUUUACCUCCAGCUAGAGAUGCUGGUACAGGUGGCCCUCUGCAUCCUGGGCAGCAGCCUAUUGCCUGGGCAGCCUCCAUUGUGAGGUAGCUGGGGCUUGUUCUUGCCAGAGGCAGCGAACCCUGAGCCUGAGCCCACAGCGAGGUGCCAGAACUUCCAGGCUAAUGGUCCCUUCCUCCUCCCAGUCAGUGUUCCCUGUGGACCUGUCAUCAAGGGCUGAGCUGGGAGACAGGCUGAAAGUGUGUGAGUCCCGUCAAGGCAGUCCUGAGGGGGAUCCGUGACGCUGUCCUAGGUGCCUCAAGAGCCCGAGAGGCACCCUCAACUCCAGCUUCUCCAGCCACUCUCCUCUGACUCCCACACUCAGGACUACACCCAGGCAUCAGGAGCCAGCACCCAACACCUGCUGUGUGGCUUCUCCUGAUGAAAGACCACGGCGGGCUCCUUCCAGCCUGCUGGAGCUGAGUGCCAUACCUCUGCUAGCUGGUCACCAUGGGGAAGAUGUCGCUGCUUAGAAAAGAUGACAACUGUGAGCGGAAUUUGUUCAGCGUGUGUAAGGCCGCCUCAAAAAGCAGCAGCAGCAGCAGCAGCAGCAGCAGCAACAACAGCCUUGUCUCCCCACAGAAGGACCCUCCAGAGGAAGCCGAUGCACUAUUGUUUAUGCAAAUCUUUAUCCACCUUUUGAAAAGCAACAUUGGCACAGGGUUCCUGGGGCUUCCCCUGGCUGUGAAAAAUGCUGGAUUGUUGGUGGGGCCUAUCAGCCUCUUGGCCAUCGGGGUCCUCACAGUGCACUGUAUGGAUAUCCUGCUGAACUGUGCCAGCCACCUCACUCAGAGACUGCAGAAGAGUUUUGUCAGCUAUGAAGAGACCACAAUGUACAGCCUGGAAACAUGCCCAAAUCCUUGGUUGAGGACGCACUCAGUGUGGGGCAGGUACAUUGUGAGCUUCCUGCUGAUCAUCACUCAGCUGGGCUUCUGCAGCGUGUAUUUCAUGUUUAUGGCAGACAAUUUACAACAGAUUGUGGAAGAAGCUCACUUCACCUCCAAUGUCUGCCAGCCCAGGAAGAGCUUGGUGCUGACCCCCGUCCUGGAUGCUCGCUUCUACAUGCUCACCAUCCUGCCCUUCCUCAUCCUGCUGGUGCUGGUCCAGAACCCACAGGUGUUGUCCAUCUUCUCCACCUUGGCCACCAUCACCACCCUGGGCAGCCUGGCUCUGAUCUUCGAGUAUCUCAUCCAGGAGACCCCACGUCACAGCAGCCUGCCCCUGGUCGCAAGCUGGAAGACUUUCUUGUUGUUCUUUGGCACGGCCAUCUUCACCUUUGAAGGCGUGGGGAUGGUUCUUCCUCUCAAAAGCCAGAUGAAGAGCCCACAGCAGUUUCCUGCCGUGCUGUAUCUGGGGAUGUCCUUUGUCAUCUUCCUCUAUAUCUGCCUGGGGACCCUGGGCUACAUGAAGUUCGGCUCAGACACUCAGGCUAGCAUCACCCUCAACUUGCCCAAUUGCUGGUUGUACCAGUCAGUCAAGCUGAUGUACUCUGUUGGCAUCUUCUUCACUUAUGCCCUCCAGUUCCACGUCCCAGCCGAGAUCAUCAUCCCCUACGUCAUCUCAAGAGUGUCUGAGAACUGGGCUCUGUUUGUAGACCUGACCGUCCGCACCGCCUUGGUCUGCCUGACCUGUUUCUCAGCCGUUCUCAUCCCUCGCCUGGACCUGGUCAUCUCCCUGGUGGGCUCCGUGAGCAGCAGCGCCCUGGCCCUCAUCAUCCCGCCCCUGCUGGAGAUCACCACUUUUUACUCCGAGAAAAUGAGCUGUGUGACCAUUGCCAAGGACAUCAUGAUCAGCAUCCUGGGCCUCUUAGGGUGUGUAUUUGGGACAUACCAAGCCCUCUACGAGAUGACUCAGCAGGCCCACUUUUCCAUGGCUAACUGGACAAGAGUCUACACAUAAUUGCCUAUUUUUAUUUGAAUAGUCCUUCCUUCCUCCCAUCCUCUGUCGGAUUCCCAUUAUAUGCAUUCAUCAAAACCCAGCAUCUCUA